AAAGAUCUGCACUACAUCAUACCUUUCUUAUUGGUGUGUGUUUUUGUUGAACUUUCUUGGAAAAACUUUAUCCCACUCUCAACAUUCUUCCAACAAUUCUAUUUGAAUAGCGGUUAGAGAAAAGAAAAAAAAAGUACGGGCCAGGCGUUUAUCUAGAGAAAAUCUCUUCAGUCUGAAUCUUUCCAAUUCAGAUAUCAAUUCUUAGAAGAAAGAGAACUAUAUUAAUAUCUAUAAUCAGAAUGACCACUGCUUCAGCCUCCAAAUCAUCUCAGACUCCAGAAGUUGGUGUUGCUGCUGCCUUGACUCACGGAUGCGGGGAUCGGGGUGCAAGCAAGUUCCGGACCGUCUUUGACGAGUUCCGGCUGGAUGGUCGGGUCGGCAUAGUAACCGGGGCCAACGGCGGCAUAGGGCUGGAAAGUGCACUUGCGCUUGCAGAACUUGGGGCCAAGAUAUGGGUGCUCGACGUGGUUGAAUCUCCUUCGACUGAAUUCGAGGCGUGCGCAGUUUACGCCAAAGCGCUUUACCGCGAAUCGGCUUCGAGAAGGGGCGAGGAUCCGGCAAAGGAACGAUUGGUUUACAGACCCGUCGACGUCACUGAUCAGAACGCCUUGCAAAAAAUCUGUCAAGAGAUCGUGGCCUCAGAGGGAAGGCUCGAUAUCUGCAUUGCGGCUGCUGGAAUCCUUCCCGCUGAAAAAAGUUGCAUCGAUGUGACCUCUGAAGAGUUUCAAAAAGUGAUGAGCGUCAACUCGACGGGAGUUUUCAACACGGCGACCAAAGCGGCGGCAGAGAUGAGUGCUCUUGGGAUCCCGGGCUCGAUCAUCCUGAUUGCAUCAAUGUCCGGUUCCAUCACCAACAGAGAGCAUGCCUGGAUAGCGUACAACACUUCCAAGUCGGCAGUACUACAGAUGGGACGUAGCAUGGCAUGUGAGCUAGGCUCUCGUGGAAUCAGGGUCAACACGCUUUCGCCUGGACACAUCCGCACAGCUAUGACGGCUCGCUAUUUAGACGAGAAUCCAGAGCUGGAAUCAAAAUGGUCCAGUAUGAAUCCGCUUGGCCGAAUAGGAAGGCCGCACGAGCUCAGAGGAGUCAUCUCUUGGCUUGCGAGUGAUGCAAGCACAUUCUGCACUGGAUCUGACAUAAUCGUUUCUGGAGGACAUCACUCUUGGUGAACGAGAACACCGGCCCUUUCGCAAUCAUUUUAAGCCAUGGAAAACACGACGUUCUACGUUCUCUAUCCUGUAGGAACCAAGCCGAAUGCGGAACCCCUCUGAUCAGAUAAACGUCAUACCUCCCUCAAUUGCUGGAGUUUCUUUUCUUUUCUUUUUCUUUUUUUUGUUCGGAAACGAGGCCAACAACUUCUUUUUUUUUUUUUUUUUUCU